CGUGCAGCGGUCAUUCUUAGUGUACUAAAAGUUUAUUUUUGACCUGCUACAAAAACCUCGUGGCUUUUUCUAUUUUGUGUUUAGGGCCACAUUCCAGUCUUUGAUUGAUCUCUUAGGCAGUACAAAGAGAAAAUGGGAGGUAUAAAAUGAUUUUCUGCGUUUACUCGAGUGCAUAGCGGAAGUUCCAAUAUCGAUUUUUUACCUUCGUCAACUCACUGCACUAUUCGUACAAAAAUGGACUUGGAAAAUGCGAAGCGAAUGGCAACGGACUUCACCGCUGGUGCGAUGGGUGGAACUGCCUGUGUGUUUGCCGGUCAGCCAUUUGAUACGAUCAAGGUUAAAAUGCAGACAUUUCCGUCGAUGUCUAAAAAUGCCUUGGAUUGCGGUAUAAAAACUUUCAAGCAGGAAGGAUUCAAGGGGCUCUACGCCGGCACCAUACCCUCUCUAGCAGCUAAUAUCGCAGAGAAUUCCUUCCUCUUUUUAUUCUAUGGACAAUGUUUGUCGUUGAUUAAGACAUUGACUGGAAAGAAGCACGAAUCAGAGCUGACAAUAUUUCACAAUGCUUGUGCAGGGAGUGGCGCUGCAUUUUUCAUGUCGUUCGUGCUCUGUCCUGCCGAACUUAUCAAAUGCCGAUUACAGGCACAACACCAGACGAACUUGAUCUCUGGAAUGGCUGGACCAAAAAGUGGUGUUAUAGAUGUGACAAUGCAAAUCAUCCGUAAUGAUGGCUUCCAAGGUCUCUUCCGUGGUAUGACUGCCACCUGGGCUAGAGAAGUACCAGGCUAUUUCUUUUUCUUUGGUGGUUAUGAGUUCAGCCGAUACAUGCUGACACCAUCUGGGGGGGAUGUCAGGGAUGUAGUUAAGAGCCCAUUAAAGAUGAUUCUUUGUGGGGGCUUUGCUGGGACAUGCCUCUGGACAGCGAUAUUUCCUGCAGAUGUGGUCAAAUCAAGGAUACAGAUAUUAUCAUCAGGAAAAGGAAAAGCCCCAGGAUUCUUAGAGACUCUUAUUCUCAUUUUUAGAACUGAAGGCUUUCGAGUGUUGUAUAGGGGGCUUGGACCAUCCAUUAUCAGAUGUUUCCCAGCAAAUGGUGCUUUAUUUAUGGCCUAUGAAGGGACCCAGUCAUUACUGAAGAAUGUGUGACACCCUUGCAAGUGCAAGUCCUCUGGUCACCCUGUGGAAUUGAUCAGCCCAUAGAACCAAAUGUAAUUGUGUCAAUGUCAGAGCACAGCGCACCACCACACUGGGCCACAAUAGUAACUAUCACGGUACAACUUCCCCUCAAAGGAUUUUUAGAGUAUUAUCUUGAAAUUUGUUCAUCAGACACUUUAUUGGAAAUAAUGAUUUAUAUCAUUUGUGGAGGAUGGUAUUGUGGGACUUAUUACUGUGCCUUUAUCCGCUAUCAACAAGGCAAUGAUGAGCUACAGUUCCUAUGCUCUACUUACAGUGGAACCUGGAUUUUACAAUAACCUCGAUGGUAGAAAUACAGUGAAAAGUAUAACAAAUUACUCCAAUCUAAUUAUAUUGGAUACAAUGAUGCUUGAUUUUACCAUAAAAAUCUCUUCUUCCAAGCGUAAUUUCAACCUUGAUACAACUAUAUUACUGAUUUUGUCUAUCAACAGAUUACAGCUAAUCUUUUUUUUUUUUUACUUUUUUGAUGACAGAUCGUUUUAAAUGCAGUUUUACAGAGUAAUUGUACAGUCUUGCACAGAUUACAGUUACAAUAUUUUUAUUUUAUAAAAGCUGGUUAUCAAACCGACCUCGCUACAACAAUAUUUUCAAUGUAUUUUCCUUUAUAUCGUAAAAUCGAGGACCUCAAUUUUACGAUACAUUUUCCUUCUACCAAGGCAUACCAUAAAAUCUAGGUUCCACUGUUCUUCGGAAGACAAAUUAUUCUAAAAAUCGUCAUGAAACCAAUAGGCCACAUCAAUAGGCCAUUCCAAAAUAGAAACCUACCUGAACUACCGUCAUGCAGCGCAUGCUUCGUUUGGUGCAAGCUUAACAAUGUGCACACUGUAUUCUUGUAGUUGAGUUAGGUUUCUAUUGUAAUCAGGGGUGGAGCAGGGGGUGGCCUAGGGCCUCCCCCCCUUUAAGCAGCUAAAACUACAGUAAAUGUAUGAGACAUUAUUUAAAAUACAGGAGAAAAUGCCUUGAAAAACCCUUUUGGGACCCCUCCUGUUUGAAAUCCUGGCUACGCCCCUGGUAAUGUGCGCACAAGAUUACCAUAUUUACUCAUGCAUAAUAUGCACUUAUGUAUAAUACACACCCUGAUUUUUUAGGUCAUUUUCAAAAAAAUAAUAAUAGAAAAGUAACUAUAUUUGACAAAAAACCCUAGAUGAGAAGUAUGUUGAAAUAUAAACAUUAGUUCGCCUCGAAGACAUUGAAAACAAGUAAACUUUUUCAUGCCCGAGUCCUUUAUGGCGCACUCUCCAGACUUUUUCUUUAAUUUAGAUUUGGUAUGUCAAAACAACCCCUCACAGAGUUUAAAAACUUGACUAACUUGUUUGCGGAGGGUUGAAAUACUCAAGAGCUUUCUCUUGUUUUAAUUAUUAUGCAAAUUUUUUUACCUCUAAAACAAUAAUUUUCAUGUAUAAUAUGCUCCCCGAUUUUGCAGGUCAUUUUCACAUGAAAAAAGUGUGUAUUAUACAUGAGUAAAUACGGUAAAGCUGGAAUGGCCUAUUGGUGUGUGUAUGGAAGGUAGGCUGUUUUUCAAAAUGAAAUCAUCAUCAUGUUUUGUUUUUUUUUUUUAUCAGGAGGCAUUCUGUUUUCUAAUGUUAUUAUAUAAACCAAAUGGUUGCAACCCAAUAAGGUUAGCUAAUUUAACUUACACUGAUAACUCUGUUAUUUAAGCAAUUAUUUGAAUUUUCAUUUAAAGUUAGAAAGGAAAGUAGGUUCUAUAGAUAAAGCAACCUUAUGAUUUUAUUAUUCUCGAAAAAGAAAAGAGCUUGAAAAAUUCAUUUAUAAUAUUUAUAAUGUGUUUUGUUAUUGCUUAUCUAUCAGCAGAGAUGAAUGUAGUGGUCUGAUUAAAGCAAACUUAGUAUGAGACAUAAGGUUUCCUUUACUACACAGGUUUUAUUUAAAUAUGUUUUUAUAUAAACUAUAAACUGUUUUGUGUAAGCUAGCUAGGAUAGGAUGUUUAUAAUAUCAUUUGUACAUAAUUUCAAAUAUAUGGUCAAUUGUAUAACCUAUAGGUUAAAUGUAUUUUUAGUAUACUUAUCAUUUUUUGUUGUUGUUACAUUAGAGUGAUAUAUUAAUAAUUUAUACCUGAAUCCAGUUAUGUAAUAAUUAUUUAUCGCAAAUGGCAAUUGCCAAACGGCAGGGCUACUAUCCAAACUUACCACUAAAGGCAGGAAAAUGGGAAUAACUUGUGGGAUUAGUUUACAUGCUUUUUUACUCUCAGGGGUAAUUAUACCUACUAGCCACCAUUGGUUGUACAACUACCAUUUGCCAGUUGCACCAACAAUAUUGAUUAAAAUAGGAAAGUAGACCGCA